UUUCUUGAUAAAAAUAACAGUUACAUAUUUUCUACAGAUUUCAAUGCCUGGCCAUUUUCAAAUUUCUGUAUGACAAUAAUAAGUCCCGGAUAUGUACAUUAACACAGAACGUUUUUGCCGUCUACGUAUAUCUUAAAACAUGUGUGUUUCUAUCAACCAACAACCCAGUUUGACCUCUCCAAUAUGGCGGACUCGUUGACUCUUCAACAACGGAACACAGCAUUUCAUGCGUCCAAAGUGCGACGCUGCGCAGACUAAUGUGCGUCCGCGUACUACACCGAAGUACCGCGAGAGUGCGUUGGACGAUAGGAAAUUACGCACGCUGAAAAGCAUAAACAAACAAACGAAACUUCAAACAAUGUUUCUCUUUUAUUAGAUUCUUUAACAGUCAUGAUAUAUUUCGCGCUAUGGUUGUCAAAUAGGUGUUACAUUGUAUUAUAAAUGAGACGCAUACAGUAAGUGACAGUAUAUUCACGCACGUGUGUUUUUAUCAUGGAGAUCCUCGGCAGCACGUUUGAUGAUUCUAUGUUCGAAGAAUCGCGGAACAGAGUCGCAGCAGUUCUUCCCAUUUACGAGCCUAAACUCUGCGAACCUCUGUGGUUUUGUCAAGAUAGACAUUUUGAAGAUGCAUUAGAGGAGCAAAAAACCCAUAAGUUCAGAGGAGACUUGGCCUUCGGGAGGAAACAGUAUCAGGUGGCUCUGGAUGAAUACAUGUCCUGCUUCACUCUGCUACCUGCUGGAAACACGUCAGUGAAGCGAGAUGUUUUGGAAGGGAUUGCACGAUGUUGCUGUCAUCUGGGACGAAAAGAAGAAGCUCUUAGCGCCUGCGAGAAACUGAGGUUAGAGAUUUCCAACACCUGCCACCUCACCUGCGUGCUACAGCUGGAACUGAGAAUUCAUGAACAGCAUCGAGAUCUGACAAACAUCAUCUCCAGCCUGCAGCAGCUGUGCUGUCUUCAUCCCUAUCAUUCCGGGUACUGGCUGAAUCUAGCCAUGAGUUAUCAAAGACUUCUGGAGUCUGAACGCUGCCAGGAGAAACAAUCUGAAGAUCAGAUGCAGACAAAUAACAUUUUAAACCUGAAGACCAUCAUGUGUUUUAUUAGAACAAGGUUGUUAAUUGAAAUCCUGAGGAUUCAGCAGUUCUCAUUCGUGCUUGAGAACAGCCAGAGGCUUCUACAAGAGGUUGAGGAAGCUCUACAGGUUCUGCAUCCGAAUGAGAAAAUUCUCCAAACAGUGUCUGAGGUGAUGUCAAAAGACCUCAAUCCAGAGAAAAUGAGGGAGGAAACCCAAGAUGGAGAGAGUUUAUCAGGUCUUUAUAUUAAAGACUUUGAUGACAGGUGGUGGACCAAAUUGUACACAAAAUUGCAUAAGACAACAACUCUAUCCAUGCACACAAUACAGGUGGACAGAUGAAAAAAUGAUGUAAUUGCAUUUAAGAAAACAAAUGUUAAUCUUUUAUUAACAGUAUUAUGUGCAUUUACUGUUACAGAGCAAAUAACAUUGAACAUUUCAGAAUGCAAAAUAAAUUUAUGUAAAGUUAUUGCAAACGGUUCCCUU